AUGACCGAACAAUCAGCGCUACUUCUUCGAAAACAAUUGGCAGAGCUCAACAAGAACCCUGUGGAGGGCUUUUCAGCUGGUCUCAUAGAUGACGACGAUAUCUAUAAAUGGGAGGUUGUGAUUAUCGGCCCACAAGACACCCUUUUCGAAGGAGGUUUUUUCAAAGCUUACCUCACCUUUCCUUAUGACUAUCCACUACGGCCUCCAAAGAUGAAAUUUAUCACUGAAAUCUGGCACCCAAAUGUUGCAAAGAAUGGCGAUGUGUGCAUUUCAAUCCUGCACGAGCCCGGGGAGGAUAAGUUUGGUUAUGAAAAGCCAGAAGAGCGCUGGCUCCCCAUCCACACAGUAGAGACAAUCAUGAUCAGUGUAAUCUCUAUGCUCGCAGACCCCAACAGCGACUCGCCGGCCAACGUGGACGCUGCAAAAGAAUGGAGGGAUGACCCCAACGAACCAUCAUUAAAUUCCAGGUUUUAA